AUGAUAUAUAGCAUGGAUGCUGAGAAAUUUUUCACACCAUCAUUUCUCAGAGCAAUUAAAGAAAAUACCGAAGCAAGUUUUGGAAGCAUAAUGGCCGAACCAUCUAGAGGAAUUUAUACGUUUGAAAUGCUUCAACUACAGUUUUGUGAAUUGUUGGUAUCUGAGGUGGAGCAUUUUGAAAGAUGGGUCCACGAGAUCAAAUUCAGAAUCAUGCGACCUAAUACAAUGAAUCAAUUUGGUGCUGUUCUUUAUGAUUUUGGCAUGGAAACCAUGCUUGACAGAUUGAUGAAUGGUUUCAUAUCUCCUAUAUCUCGAGUUUUCUUCCCCGAACAUGGUGGAUCCUCUCUGGACUCUCAUCAUGGUUUUGUUGUCGAAUAUGGAAUCAACAGGGAUGUGGAUUUCUGCCUUCAUGUAGAUGACUCAGAAGUCUCCUUAAAUAUUUGCUUGGGAAAGCAAUUUUCUGGUGGGGAGCUGUUAUUCCGGGGUGUUCGAUGCGAUGAACAUAUAAAUUCAGAAACCCAACCAGAGGAGAUCUUUGGUUAUUUCCAUGUUCCUGGACGUGCAAUUCUUCAUAGCGGUUGUCACCGGCACGGUACUAACCCUGCAACAUCUAGGAAUCGGAUCAAUUUAAUAUGUGCAGAAUAUGAAAAUGAUAUAUUUUUGUUUUAUUUUUUAUCAAAGAUAUUGAUUUCAUUGAUAACCACUGAAUUGGACAGCAAUAGCAAUACAUAG